AUGCAAGGACUUGGGGCGAUAACGUUUUUUCGGGUCGGCUUUACUUUGUUACCAGGUCGCCAUGACUUUCUCCGACGAUGCGCAUUUCACAUUGAGCAAUAUUCCUUUCGGCGUUGCAGCCAAAGGCGCAGAGCAUGCCACGCCACAAAUCGUAACGCGACUGCGAGAACAUGUGUAUUUCAUUCCUGAAUUAAUUGACCAAGGACUGCUGGAGCUACCAGACAGCAUAUCACAUGCCCUCAAGCAGCCGGAUUUGAAUGAUUUCGCUGGUCUUGGUCGGCCAAGUCAUCGUGAGGUGCGAAAUCGAUUGCAGAGCUUGUUGUCUUCCGUUGAGCCUGACGGAAAGGUUGCUGCAUGCCGUUCACAUAAGGACGAAGUCCGCAUGCUUAUGCCCAUCCGCGUUGGCGACUUCUCCGACUUUUCUUUGUCUAGAAAUCAUGUCCUCAAUGCUGGUCUCGCGGUCUUCGGGGUGGAAUCACUCCCUCCUGGCUUCUUGCACUUUCCUGUAGGUUACACUGGUCGUACCUCGUCCAUAGUAAUAUCUGGUACUCCAGUUCGGCGCCCGCUAGGGCAGUUCAAGUCUCCGGAUGGAGUCGUCUUUGGGCCUUCUAAGGCCAUGGAUUACGAGCUUGAGGUUGCAUGCGUUGUCGGCAAGCCAUCUGAAAUGGGGAAACCUGUUUUGAUUGACGAUGCCAUGGAGCAUGUUUUCGGGUUCGUGCUUUUGAACGAUUGGAGCGCGCGUGACAUCCAAGGCCUGGAGAUGAAUCCUCUAGGUCCGUUUAACGGGAAGAGCACGGCGACGACCAUUUCUCCGUGGAUUGUGACAGUGGAUGCUCUUGAGCCAUUCAAGGCCUCGAUAACAGACCGCGAAAUUGCUGAAGCACCCUACUUAAAAUCGGCAAGCAAACAGAACCAUUACGCCGUGCAUCUUCGAGUCGACCUUGUGGAGGACUCAGGCGCAACCUCGGUUCUUUGCAAUUCUCAAUUGGAAUGGAUGUAUUGGACAUUUAAAGACAUGAUAGCUCAUCAAACCAUCAACGGGUGUGCCAUUCGAAGUGGAGAUUUGUUGGCUACUGGUACAGUAUCUGGCAGAGCAGCUGGUACAUUGGGUUGUCUUCUCGAAAUCACCAAGGGAGGCAAAGAGACGGUCAAACUGAGCAGCGGGAACGUGCGGCGUUAUCUGGAGGACGGUGAUAGUGUGAGGUUGACGGGCUGGGCAGGCGAGCUUGGUUCGGAAUCAUGUGUAGGGUUUGGAGAGAGUUUUGGCAGACUAGAACCAGCUCUUAACUGGGAAGCUUAUGGCGCUUCCAAGAUCAAGUAG